CUAGUUAUCCUGACAUGAAAACUCCUGCAGCUACGUCUGAAUUAGUCCAGAAUGUCCUCAAACUUCGACAUGUCUAACCCGUUUCUCUAUCUAAUCAGGCCAGAUUAGUCGGUAGACCAGAAAAAGAAUAUUUCUAAAAGUAAAAAUUGUGCCUUUCAUUACUGGUACUCGCGUUGAAAUGUAUGCACACAAACAGUUACUCUAUUUAAUAUGUUUUACAAUAAGAUUGUUUUAUACAUACAAGAUUCUGCAACCAAGACAAUCGAUUGCAUGUAUCAUCAAGCGAAGUUCUCGUAAAACUACUUUAUAAACAUAAAAAUAACACAUGUUUAUGUACCGUCAUUUUUUUUUGUGUGUAGCUACUCUUUACUUUUCACUUUAAUUUUCUUACUAGUCUAAUAAUGUUAGAAACUAAAUACACUUACGUGCUAUGUAAUAUUGGAGUGUAGCAAAUUUUGUUUUGUGUGCUUGCAAUCGAUUUUAUUCUGUAUUUAUUAUUGACAAAAUUACUUGGUUUUUUCCCACAAACGUAUAUUUGCAUGAAUCAAUGAAGCAUGACUUUUUCAUCAUGUAAACGACUUUUUCGACCAUGUGUUCGUCAUAAAAUACGUUUCGUUUUUCAUAUAUUCUACUUCUUCCUUUUUUUACCUUACCUUUGCGUUUCGUGUUGUUGCAAUGAUAAAAAAUACACUGAUGCUUGUAUAAGCGUAAAUUUGAGUUAUGAUGAUUCAUUAGACUUUGAACUUUAUUCUAAUCUCUAUAUAAAUAUUUUCUAUCGUAAAAUUUUUUUUGAAAUUGAUAAUUAUAGAAGUAGUGUUGAAAGCUUCAAAAUAAAUAAAUGAAAAAUUUUAUAUUUUUUAUUUUAUCGUUCGAUGUAUGAAAAACUCUAUUUAUCACUCAAACUUCGUUAGAUGCAUCCGAAGAAAGUAUGGCGAAUGUGCUUUAAGAAGACUCAGGCAUUUUGAGAAGUGGGUGUGAGUGUUUGUAUUGCUUAUUCCUACACAUCCCGACCCUCAAUUAUUUGGUUUAAAUAUCUAAGAAUUUCAAUCAUAAUCAAGCAAUAAUCAACAAUCAAUGAAUAGAAGUAAAAAAUAUUGAUACAAAUGAAUAACAUCUUUCAAUCAGUAUUCAACAAAUAAUGAAUGAUUUUAAUUUCAAUGUAAAUAUUUUUUUAGUGUGUUGAUAUGGUAUGUUAUAUUUUUUUACAACAUAAUGAUCAUAAUGUUGUAUCAAGUUCAUUGGAAACACAUGAAAUUAUACUUAAAUAUUCAAAUUUAUUUGAUUUUGAUCAAUUAUUAAUUUCAACCCCAAUUGGAUCUAUAGAAGAAAUUCGUGUCAGUGAAGCCUUAAAAACAGCUUAUUCAACAUAUCAAUGUUGUUUUAUUGAAAUGAAUGAUGAAUUCGAUUCAACAUCAAUGAUUAAUAAUGAAAAACGAACGAUAAGCUGCUAA